AUGGUAGUGGGGAAAACGACGAAACAGACACUGUACCGUGAGUGGAGGCAGGGAGAAGGGUGGACAGAGGCAGCAGACAACGGCAGGCAGACAGAAGUCCCGUUCCCGGUAUGGAAGCGGCAGGGUGCGCGGAGCCUGGCCGCGAGCGCAGCGGCCACGGGAAGACGAGCGGCAGCGAGUCCGCAGGAGAGGACCCGCGCCGCGCGUAAAGCCGCAUCCAACCUGCUUUCUACGACUGAAGGCUACACCAUGGGGCACAGAAGUGGAACAAUCCUCCAAGGCUUCAACCCUGGAAGUCGCCGCAAAGAGAAAGUCCACAGUGUCCCUAAUCACUAA